UUGUAAAGUCUCCAUUCUGCCCGCAACGGUUAACUUCGGUCCACAACGAAGCCACCGAGACCCCACCGCUCGCCAUCUUCGCUGAAUGGUGCUCACAGAGUCGGCGGAAGAAGAAGCACUGGAAGGCAGCACAACAGGCAGGGUCGAGGAGGUUCGGUCGGACUCGGCAGCCGAAGAGGGGGGCACUGUUGUCAUUCGUCAGGGCUGUGUGUCGAGCUUUUGUCCAGGAGAAAUGGCUGGGAUUAAAGCUCUCAUCAGCCUGUCCUUUGGAGGGGCCAUUGGCCUCAUGUUCCUCAUGCUAGGAUGUGCCCUCCCUGUGUACGACAAAUACUGGCCUUUGUUCCUUCUCUUCUUCUACAUCCUCUCCCCCAUCCCUUACUGCAUCUCGCGGAGGGUGGUCGAUGACACAGACUCGGCCAGUAACGCUUGCAAAGAGCUGGCCAUCUUCCUCACGACGGGCAUCGUCAUCUCAGCCUUCGGCCUGCCCAUCGUCUUCGCAAGAGCUGAAGUAAUCGCCUGGGGGGCGUGUGCGCUCGUGCUAACGGGUAACGUAGUGAUCUUCGGGACCAUCCUGGGCUUUUUCAUCGUCUUUGGAUCCAACGACGACUUCAGUUGGCAGCAGUGGUAAAACAGCAGAGGGGGGGGACCUUAGUCUGAACUGUUUUUAUUAGCGUUAUUAUUAUUAUUAUGGUAUUACUGUUUGGUUCUUGUUGUUAUUUAUAUGAUGACCGCUCAUCCAUAGACUCACACCAAACCAGUGCAAUACUUUUUUUUUACCGCCUGCAUCAUAUUGAACUGACACAAGUGGGAUGCAAAAUGCUGACUUACAGUUGGAUUGUUACUUAAACUCUUUUGACUUCUGUGCUUUUGAAUUACCUCCAUUUGUGUGUCUCAUCUUGAGUUGAUAAGUUAUUGAGCGCUGGUGAACUACUGCUUGUUUUAUCUGUGAAAAUUUGUUAAAAAGAAUCCGAUUGAAUGUUGAAUAAGACUUAAUCUGACCAAAAGGACAGGCUCGUACCUUUCUCUAUUCAGUGCAUUCUCUGGAAGACGCUGUCUCUACACUGAGCACACGCUGCGUUUGCAUUUCCACUGCUGCGUUGAGUGUAAAGCAGCAGAACACUGAUGGGAAAUCUGCAGAACACAAGCUCACAUUUCACAACUCAUUAUGAGGAAAAGCUCCAUUUCCAUUUGGCUCGAGUCUAAUUAGAUUGAAACUGUGUCUUUUGUUAGUCACACUAAAAAGGUGGAAAUUCAGCUGAUGGAAUGCAGAUUUUUAAUUAGCUUUCUGCUGAUGUAAUGCUCCCGACGCUGAGCUGUGAACGUCUACAAGAUCAGUGUGUGUGUUUUGAACAGUGACUGUUACUGCCACCAACCCGUCUCAUCUUUACACCCUGUUACAUGUGUGCAUGUAGAUCAGUAUGCUCUUUAUUUAGUUUGGGACCAUGUUGGAAAUACCUGUUUUCACUUCUACAUGUUUUCCCUUCAAUUGUUUUAAUGUCCGCAAUCCACACGAGUCAUAAAUUAUCAUCAGAACAAAGAAAUAGACGACGUUCAGGAGCAGCACAGUGUUUGUUUCCUCUGACCUCAGAGAGGAUUCCUUCACACAGCCUCACCGCAGAGAUCAAAUUCAACUGACUUGGUGAUUUCCCAGCUGGAUGCAGGCUGCUUAUUCACCAUGUUGUUUUGCAUUAUGAUCUCUGUUACCUCACUGUAGUGUUUGGGCAAGCCUCGCAGUGUCGGGUCAAGAAAGCAUGAAAAGCCUUUAGCAGCCGCCAGCUAGCAUAGGUAGGAUUAGCUCGUUGGAAACUGAGCCAAGCUAAGAACUGGCCGACUUAUAAGCGCGGCCCGGUCAGUCACUGACAGCCCUUAAGCUUUUAAAUGGCACUCCUUCAAAAUAAAAGAAUCCAGCGCCCAUGUGUUGUAUUUCUCUCUAGAAGCACAUUAGGUCCAUUUGGCGCUCGUGCCGUCACAUUUCCUCACAGCAGCAUUUUCACGCUUUAUGAUUUGAAGUGUUUCUCUGUUCUCCGGCCUGUGUGAAGGUAAUUUGAUAAUUUGGGUUGUGUAAUCUGUUGGCAGCUUACAGGUGCAGAGCUCCUGUUUGCUGUUUAACUGCAUUAGUGGUAGUGCUGAAGCGCUGGUGUGUUCAGUGUCCCAACGUUUCCUUUUUAGAUGUUGUUUUUGUUCUGUGGUUCAGUUUGAAUAUGUGCCCUCUGGAAGAUAUGUUUUAUUUUAACGAGGACUGAUGUUGACAUAUUAUUAUUAUUUGUUUUGUGUCCCAUACUUUCAAAACUUAGAUUCUCUUUAGUUCUUAUGUGUUGUAGGUCCGCUCAGAAUGUACUUGUACUGUGGGUUCCCAUGCACAACAGAUUUCCAAACAGCUGACGAACAGAAACAAAUGCUUUCACUAUAAACUGUUUGUCAAACCACAUAACUUCAUUUUUACAUCUCUGUUUGUGUACGGAGGAAAGAAACGGCACACGAUGUGUUCAUCAGUAAAGCUUAGACGUGUUGGGAGUUGGUUUAAUAAAUAAAUUGGAAAGCU